UACAUACAUUUUUUUCUUUUUGUGUCAUUGUGCGUUCCAAAACCAAAAUCACAUUUUUUGCGAUGCAUUUGCAUUGCAAAUUAUAGAAGAAAAAUGAGGUGUUUUUGUGUGGCGAAUCGAACGGAAUAACAAACAAUGAUAACAAUGAAUUGAUGUAAAAGUUGCAUAACAAACGUCGUCGUCGUCGUGCUCGCGUCUAUGUAUGUCCGUCGCUGAGCAGUCGCAAUUUCCAGAAAACCACACACACACACACGAACGCACACACUGCGAACGCCAUCAAAACAGCAGCAGCAAAAAGCAGAUUUUUGAAUGGCGUAAAAAGUGUGAAAAGUUACGAGAAAAAGCAAACAAAACGCAAAAACGAGUGUGCAUUUUGCUUAUUUUUUGCAAAGCAAAUGUGUUGUGGCAAUUGUCGAUGCGCAGCAGCAGCAGCAGUAGCAGCUCAGCCAGCGUCAGCCACCUUUCCCUACCACUCCACGCCACAACCAAUACCAAUACAAACGCAACUGCUGCCACAGCCGACAAAGAAAAAAGACAUACUGCUCUUCUUCUUGAAAUUUGUACAGUUCCUACUACGACGACAACAACAACAGCAAGAACAACAACCACAACAGCACCAACACCAACAACAUUUGACUCAGCUGCCAAGCCAAAACAUCAAGAGAAAUCAUCAAAAGUGUGCGUGUGUUUUUUCUGCCUCUUGCAUGUGAAAUUAACAACAAAUUCUAAAGAAGAAGAUCGCGUGGGUGUCUGUUAUAUUUUCUCUCUUUGUUAUUGUUGUUGGUUGUGUGUGUGUGUGCGUGUGAGCAAUGAGUCUUUUGCCACCGCCCGCGGGCCUGCCCCCCUCCGCUGCGCUCUCAACGUCAGCCGGUGGCAGCAGCAGCAACAACAACGGCAGCAACAACAACAGCAGCAGUAGCAACAACAACAACAAUAACCUGCCAUUUGAAAAGGAUAAGAUUUGGUAUUUUAGCACGGAGCAACUGACGAAUUCGCCGAGUCGCCGCUGUGGCAUCAAAUGCGACGAUGAGCUGCACUAUCGACAAAUGACAGCGUAUCUGAUACAGGAGAUGGGCCAGCGGCUGCAAGUGUCGCAGCUGUGCAUAAACACAGCGAUUGUUUAUAUGCAUCGCUUCUACGCAUUUCAUUCGUUCACACAUUUCCAUCGCAAUUCGAUGGCAUCGGCCAGUCUAUUUCUUGCGGCCAAGGUUGAGGAGCAGCCACGCAAGCUGGAGCAUGUGAUAAGGGCGGCGAACAAGUGUCUACCACAGACAAGCGAACAAACGUACGCAGAUCUCGCCCAGGAGCUCGUCUUCAAUGAGAACGUCCUGUUGCAGACGCUCGGUUUCGAUGUGGCCAUCGAUCAUCCGCACACGCAUGUCGUACGCACCUGCCAGCUGGUCAAAGCAUGCAAGGAUCUGGCGCAAACCUCCUACUUCUUGGCCUCAAACAGCCUACAUCUGACCUCGAUGUGCCUGCAAUAUCGACCCACAGUGGUUGCCUGCUUCUGCAUUUACUUGGCCUGCAAGUGGUCGCGUUGGGAGAUACCGCAAUCGACGGAGGGAAAGCACUGGUUCUACUAUGUGGACAAGAGCGUCUCGCUGGAUCUGCUCAAGCAGCUGACGGACGAGUUUAUUGCCAUUUACGAGAAGAGUCCCGCCCGGCUCAAGUCCAAGCUGAACUCGAUCAAGGCAAUUGCACAGGGAGCGAGCAAUCGGACGGCGGCCAACAGCAAGGACAACAAGCCGAAAGAAGACUGGAAAAUGAGCGAGAUGAUGAAGGGCUAUCACUCCAAUAUCACAGCGCCGCCGGAGCUAAUGAAUGGCAGCGAUAGCCGGGAUUCAUCGUCAUCGUCAUCAUCACAGGCGGCGCUGUUGCCGCCGCCGACGAUGGUGCCGCCACAGCAGCGACGCGGUGGUGGCGGUGUUCCAGGUAACUCGUCCUCUUCUACCUCCUCCUCCUCAUCAUCGAAUCACAAGAUGCCAAAUUAUCCCGGCGGACUGCCGCCCGAGGCGCAUGGUGAUCAUAAGUCGAAGCAAGCUGGCUAUAGUAGUCGCCCGCCUUCGUCGGCGUCGGCACAGCGUGGCAGCAGUGUUGGCGGUCCCUCGUCCUCAUCCUCUUCGGGCAACAGUCAACGUAGCAGCUCCUCCAGCAGCCAGCCAGGCUCGAUACGACCGCCCAUGCCCAUGGACUAUCACAAGUCGUCGCGUGGCAUGCAACCGCCUGUGGGCGGCGGCAUGCAAGCGCAUGGUGGUCACAAGAUUUCAACAAGUUCCAAGCCGCAGCAGCCACCGCCUCCACUCCUGGACAGUCGCAGCAGCAGCAGCUCAUCUGCCAGCAGUGGAGCAUCUGCAGCGGGCAUUCCAUCGAAGGAUGGCAGCAAGUCGAGCAGCAGCAGCAAGAUGUAUCCUAAUGCACCGCCGUCCUAUAGCAACAGUGGCGCCUCCAACCAGCUCAUGUCACGCGGUGGCUACCAGAGCAGCAGCAGCGGAGGAGGAGCCGGUGUUGGUGCUCCAGGUGGUAGCAAUGGUGCGCCGUUGCCGCCGCCCGCUGGCUAUGUCAGCCAUAGCUCCUCGCAUCGUAACAAAUCCGUCACGUCGUCCAGCUCAUCGUCAUCGUCAUCCGUCCACAGCAUGCCGCCUUACGAGCAGCAGCUGCCAUAUGGCCAAAGCCAGAGCGUGCCCCCCAACUACAAUCAUAUGCAACAGCAGCAGCAACAACAGCAGAUGCCGCCACCUGAGGCUGCCACACAGCCGCAGCUGAGCAAGAACAACUCGUUGUUCAGUCCGGAGUGGAAUGACAUUAAGAAGGAGUCGCAAUUCAAUGGACUGCUGCCGCCGCCCGAUAGUCUGGGCUAUAAGCUAAGCAAUCAUGCGCGGGAUCGGGAUAGCCCCAAAAAGGAUCGCCUUACGCCCACCAAAAAGGACAAGCAUCGCAGCACGCUGCCCCACAGCAGCAGCAAUAGUAGCAACAGUAACAGUAACAGUGGCAACUCCAGUAGCAGUAGUAGUAGUGCCCCCAAGACGAUGCUGCCACCACCGCCACACAAAAAGUCGCAUGGAGAAAUGCUGGCAUCAACCGGGGAACUGGGCAACAGCAAUCUGAAGCGCGCCAACGAAAUGUCGGGCAGCCAAUACGGCCUCAACAAGAUGGAUGAGCACGAUGGCAGUUUGCCGCGCGACAAGGUCCGCAAAGUGGACACGGGCGUCAAUUUGGCAGGCGGCUAUCCGAGCUACGAGGACAAACAUGUGCCGUUGUCCAUGACGAAUGGCGGUGGCAUUGAGACGACGCCGGAUCUGGUGCGUAGUCUGCUCAAGGCGAGCCUGUGCACAACGAAUGCCUCGCUGCUGAAGCCCGAUGCGCUCACCAUGCCCGGCCUGAAGCCGCCCAUUGAGCUGCUGGAGCCGAUGCCGCCAACACCGCCGUUGCACAUGAAAAAGGAGUCACUGGGCACGCCCAUAAACCUCAUGGCUAGCAGCAAUUUAACGGCGCCAUCCUCGAUGGAGCUGGGUGCGCUUACCAAACUGGAUGGUGGUGGUGGUAGUGAUGGCAAGGAUCUGGAUGGUGUUGGUAAGUCGGAGAAGAAGAAGAAGAAGGACAAACAUAAACACAAAGAGAAGGACAAGUCGAAGGACAAGCCGGACAAGGAGGAGCGCAAGAAACACAAGAAGGACAAGCAAAAGGAGCGCAGCAGCAGCAAGGACAACUCCAUGGACUCUCUCAAGCUGGUCAUCAAGACCAAUACGGCGACAGAUAAUCCCAAUGGCGCCGCAGCUCCCCUCAAACUGAAGAUCAGCAAGAACAAGGUGGAGCCCAAUAAUUAUUCAGCUGCCGCUGGACUGCUGGCGAUGCCAACAGCGGCUCCAACUACGGGCUUUGGCAUGGCGCCGCCAGCGAUAACACCAGUCCAGCCUGCACCCUAUGGCGGUGGCUACAGUUCAUCCAAUAGCAACAGCAGCAGCAGUCACAGUACCAGCGGCAAGAAGAAGCACAGCGAUCGGGAUCGCGACAAGGACAGCAAGAAGAGCAAAACUCAAGACUAUGCCAAGUACAAUGGAGUCGGUGGCGCCUAUCCACCACUAGGCGGUGCAGGCGCCGCAUCCCAAUUGCUGGCGGCGCCAGUCUCCAAUCUUCUCGGCCUGCCCGCCAACAUGACGACAGCGUCGUCCACGCCCAACACAAUGCUGAUGGCGCCAACGGGCAUACCAACUUCUGCUGCUGUUGCUGCUGCUAUUGCUGGUGGUAUUGGUGGCAUUGCACCGCCUCCUGCGCUGCCCGUCUACAACAAAAAGUAGUUGUUGCUGUGAUGAUCGUCAUCAUCAUCAUCAUCAUCAUAAUCAUCAUCGUGAUCAGCAUCAGCUUAGCAGUAGCCUUGUCCCAAUCCCUCUCCGUUUCUCUUCAAUUAACAUACAUUCAUAUACGUUUCACCUUUUUUAUCCCCUCUUGAUAUAUAGUUUGUAUGUAUAAAAAGAAAAAACAAAAAACACCUAGUAAGCCUACAGUAGUCGUAAUUGUUGGUUGAGAUGCAUUAGUUGCCUAAGUUAUUAUGGAUCCAUUUUUAGUUAAGGGCAAAGAAAAAUCCACAAAUAUCGCAGCAUCGGCAGAAAGCAGAAAGCGAGCAGAUCAAUCCGAGAGUAGUUUGGAUUUAAGCAUAUAUUAUAUGAUAAUCAAGUAAAACUCGAAGCUGAAAAAAAAAACCUUCGCAAACUUUUGUACAGCAUUAAUUAAUUUGUAAUUUUAACAUAUAUAACAUACACCUACACACUCACAAACACACACACACACAAAUACACAGAAUAAUUGUAAACGGAAUAAAAUGUAAAAGUAAAACUCAUUUUUCGAUUGCGCGAAGAGUUUGCCGAAUUCUACGCAGCACGGCCGUUUAGAAUAUAAGUUAGUAAAUCAAAUACCCAUACAAAUGCAUAUUGACACACACACACACACCCAACACACACACACACAGCCUCACUGAACUGUUUGUAUAUAGCCACAAGAGAAACAAUUUCCGCUUAGAUAAAAAUACGGCCCUAACUAAUGCAAAAACAAACAAAAUGUACUCAAGUUUUGGAAAACAAUCUAUUCAAAUAUAUAGUAAAGAGAGACAGCAAGCGAUUUGAUUCUAAAUUAAAGACGCACGUGCAUAAAAAAAUACAUAAAACAAAGAAAUAAAAAACAAAAACAACAAAAAAAAAGAACACAUUUAGAAACAACAAACAACAAACGAAAAAUAAAUUAUUUGAAUUAAAGAAUAGUGGAAAAUGAACGCCGUUAAAAUGUACGACAUUAAUUUUUAGUUAGCAAAGUUUUACGUUUUUCAAUUAUGAUUUUUAGAAUUCGUAUGCAUUAACUUAUAAUUUUAAAUGUAUGCAGCAAAAACAACAGCAACACACAACAACAACAAUAACAGCAUCAAACAAUUAAAUGUUUUAGUGAAGGAAAUAUGUUUAAGCAAACAAGAUUGAGUCGUCGCUUAAAUUUGGCGUAGCUUUCAGUUGUUUUUAAUAUAUUUUUUAUUUAAUAGCAUUAAAGCGCAUAUGAAUAAUAAAUUGUUGUGCAACACAAAUAAAAAAAACAAAAAAAAAAAAACACAAAACACAAAACGUUUGAAAAAAAAAAAUAUAAGCGAGUAAUCGCAGUAAUGUUUCGAACAUAAGUGAAAAAAAAAAACAAGAAUAAGAUGACAAAAAUUAAAAUAAAGCUUUGAAAAAUAUAUGAAAUUAAGCGAAAACAAAAAUACCUAUAUCAAAAGGGAAUAAAAAACUUAUGUAAUUUUCGACUAGAGCAAAAACAAACAAACAAACAAAUUUAAUCAAACGUUGCGCGUUUUCGACACACACACUAUUCGAUUUCUAAAUAAUUGCAUUAAGCUAUCAAAAACAAAAAGAACGUAAAGCUAUAUACUAAACUACACACAUACAAUAUACAUAAUACAUAUUCAUAUUUCGGAAUGAAGCAAAAAUGUUAUUUAAGUUGCGAGCAAAUUUCCAAACCUUGCUAAUUGCUAAUCCACAACAACCAGCAACAGCAAAAGUUAAGGUAUACAAAACAAACAAACAAACAAAACAAAAAAAAAGAAAAGCAACACGUAAUUAUACCCGUAAUUUGUAUCUAUUAAUUUUCCCCCUCUUAACUUUUAAUUUUUGUACAUAGAUCAAAAGCAAAAUGAGAAAAAAUGGCGUUCGCCGAGCGCGCAAAUCUCAUCUUGGGUUUCAUUGGAAACACUUUCGAAAAUGAAUACUUGGGAAUAAUGUUUGUGUGCUUGCCACGAAAGCCCGAAUAAAAAUUUCAAAACCUAAAACAAAACAACAAUAAAAAAAAAAAAAUUGGAAAAACA